CAAGACCUUCCAUUUCCAUUUGUUCCAUUGACUCUUCUUCUUCCUCUCCCUGGAAUAUCCAUCCAUCCAACCAAACUCUCAAACUUCACUUAGUCAAAGGUCUUUACCGCUAGGUAUCGCCAUUAUUGUCCAUAUUAGACCACUUCCCUUCCGCUAUUGCCGUACUGUUCUCCAUCUUGUAUUUUCACCAACAGUACAUUUUUUUUCCUUUUCUAACAAGUCUAGUCUGCUAGGCAACUCAGCUAGAACUAGAGCACUUUGACAUCCCACGUCUCGAAACGCCUCCACAAGCCCCCUCUUCACCGGGCCUCCUUUUCUCCCCCUCAAAAGACCAUCCUCUCUCCCCUCUCUCUUCCCCAAGAAAGUCGGUCCAAAGUCGCACGCCGUCCCCUUGACCUCCCGCCGCCACCAACCUCCGAACGACGUCUCAAACCCCCAAAAGACCGAAGUUGGACUGAACUGCACUACAAGAAAAAUCCGAUUCUCGCCUCCCGUGCUUUACGUUGUCCGCUAAGGUCCAGACCCUGCUCUGUCCGCGUCCCGAUUCGAUUCGACUUCACAAGCGCCCGGCCAGUCCAAACCCAGCCAAGCCAAGCCUCAUCUUGCUUCGCUGACUUUUGAGCUGCAUUUGUUUCUGCUGCUGUACCCCUGCGACUUUGAUCCUUUUGCCAUCAUCAUCAUCGUCGUCGUCGCUAUCAACAUCAUCGAACCCACUGCCAUCAAUACAGCCUCUCUCGAAUCGAAUUUUGAUUUCCACGAUUUACACCGCAAGAUACAGUGCCCUGCGAGAUACUACCACGGCGCUCCAACUCCACCCCCGAUCCAUUCCUUAGAUUCAAGACUCAGCAUGGGACUUUGCUAUCUUUCACGAUAAUUCAACGUUGUCCAACAUAUCGAUCCCCUCGCGAUGGGCAAUGGCCAAGGAAAGCCCGUCGACCUGAACGGCGAAGGUACGUCAAGGAGCUCAGAUCAGAAGCUUCUUUGUAUCUGUUUCUGCUGUCGUUCGCCCCCCCCAAAUCUAUGUCGCCAUUGGCUUAUCUGGGAUUCCCGUCAUCCUGCAUGCCAUUUGCUGUCUUUCAGCCGCAUAUUACUUGGCGCCAUCCUGUCUCCCACGUGUGUCAUGCAACCUCUUACCACGCUCUUCACGACCAAAUUUUCUGUCUUUUGCUCACGCAACCUCACAUGCUUCUGCUGCUUAACUUUAUGACAUUGUGAUUGGUGGGUGAUGCUGACAGCUUUGUAGUGAACUUGAAUCAUUUCCGCCUGUUGCGAGUCGUCGGCCGAGGUGCCUUUGGAAAGGUGCGAAUUGUUGAGCGGAAGGAUACGAACUUGUCCUUUGCCCUCAAAUAUAUCCGUAAAGAUGAAGGUAAGUUCAGGACGCUCCCCACUGAUCAUACGCUUGGCUUUGGAUCCGCGGUCUUGAUCCAUGUACCACUUCCAUCGGUGACAAUCAAUCUGAUGGAAUUUGUUAUCAUCUCUGUGACACAAUGCUGAUCCUUUUCAACCUCGCAGUCGUACGAUCCGAAAGCGUGCGAAACAUCAUCCGCGAACGCCGAAUGCUGGAAUAUGUUAACCAUCCUUUCAUUUGCAACUUGAGAUACAGUUUUCAAGAUAUUGAGUACAUGUAUCUGGUAGUUGAUCUAAUGACUGGCGGAGAUUUGCGAUUUCAUAUUUCGAGAAAGACCUUUACCGAAGAGGCUGUUAGAUUCUGGAUUGCCGAGCUUGGAUGUGCUUUGCGAUAUGUGCACAGUCAAAAUAUCAUCCAUCGAGAUAUCAAGCCCGACAAUGUCCUGCUUGAUGCGGAUGGCCAUGUCCAUUUAACUGAUUUUAACGUCGCUUCCGACGUCGUUCCAGGAAGGACACUUACUAGCAAGUCCGGCACAUUGGCUUAUCUUGCACCUGAAGUUUACGCUGGCAAAGGAUACGAUGUGCGGGCAGAUUGGUGGUCCUUAGGUGUUCUCUUUUACGAGUGUAUCUACAACAAGCGCCCAUUCGAAGGCGGCUCAGAAGGAUCUCUCAGUCAACAGAUCCAGGCCGCUUCUCCCAAAUAUCCCGUUACGCAACCGCCUGUAUCCCUCGCUUGCCUCUACGCAAUCGGCUCCGCGCUCGACCCGAACCGCGAAACUCGAAUGGGUUCAACAUGGGAGAGCUUCACACAAAACGAAUUCUUCAAGUGUUUUGAUUUCGAACUACUCGAACUUAAGAGAAUCGAACCCAUAUUUGUUCCUUCAUCCGAGAAGACCAAUUUCGAUGCCACAUACGACCUCGAAGAGUUGCUAUUAGAGGAGGCUCCACUCGAAGCCCGUGCGAGACGCCAGAAACCACGAGAGCGUUUAAAGGACGAUGCGACUGAGAAAGAGAUCAGGGAAGACGAGCUGUAUCGCAUGAUUGAGACAGAUUUCAAGCCGUUCGACUAUACAGUGGCUGCUUACAAACGAAUCACUGAGGGCGCUGGUGCCAAUCCAGAAGGGCAUCCCGACUCGGACAACGCUCCUCAAGCGAUCACAACGGAUGAAGCAACGCCUAUGCCCGCAGUCAAUGGAGGUUAUCAGUCAUCACCUCUUAACCCAAGUACCAGUAAUGAAAGCCGGCAGGGACGCCCUGUACGCCCUGCUCCGCCACCUCCACUGCAGAAUGACUUCCGAGCUCGCCAUGUCCCGAUUGUCGCCGGCCAACGGAUGACAAGUCCUACUGGGGGCGUACAAGUAACUCUUGAUGGCAGCGGUAGUUGGUCUGAACUAGCUCGCCAGGAUGCAACCUUGCCUACAGAUGCUAACAAUAUUGGCGACGGCAAGAGUGAAGGCUCUGGCGGUAUGUUUGGAUUUCUCAAGGGCAAGAAGGGUCGCACAAAUAGCCCCAAGCCGAAAGAAAGGGGUGUGCUGGGCAAAGAAGGCGCACGAGUUGUCAUCGGAUAGAGGCCGAUCGAGGCUCACUGCAGGCCUUUUGCGUCUCAAAGUCGACCGACAAACAGCCAGUCGACGAAUUGCACGCCAACGCCGAGAUUUAUCGGCCUCAAUACUACGAAGAGUCUGCACCAAGGAACUGAUUGUCCAACAACCCCUGCGGUACCAGCCUGCUUAAUCCGGCAUGCACUGGCACCGCGUUUCCUGGUCACUGUUCAACCGCCGCACUCGAGCAUGUAUUUCGAUCAAGAUACGGCAGUAGUAGCAGCGCAAGGACGAUGAGAAACGGCCUCUACUUCAUUCAUUACGGCGUUCGGUCAUGUUUUACGGCUAGACGCCCUUCCUGCCUCUGGUUACAAGGGGCAUCGCAUCAGAGAAACGAACGCUAAUUUGUAACAACGCGGUACAAACCAAGUAAAUCACCAACACGAAGGGGAGCUUCGCGUUUGCAGGGGCACUUCAUUCAUUUGAACCUACAACAACUGGCGGAUGCUUCACUCGCGAGGACGUUUUUCUCUCCGUGGGGGUAACAUUGAAGGGAUAUAAUCAUAUCUUUACACACAUUAUUCAUACUAACGGCAUUUUCACAAAUGUCUAGUCGGAAGAGAAGGAUCAUAUAUAACUGGACUGGGUGGGUUUGGAGGCAAUCAGGGGAGGAGGGGCACAACCACAAGAUGUCCGGUAUUCAUGGUUAACUUGUUUAUUAUUGUGAGCAUAUUUGGAACAAUACCCCAUUACACAUUAUACUUCGAUAUUGACCUGCUUAUUCGCCUGAUUCAUGCAAUGCUAAAGUAACGCCUCCAAACACUAAGAAAUCCUCAACCCUUGACUCCU